AUGUAUGCUCAAGGGAUCAUUUUCUGCACUGACGAUUUAACAGGUGCUCUACAAUCCACACAUCAAUUAGUAUUAUCCAGUAAAGAUUUUCCUGAUGCUGAAACAGCUGCUGGAGCCGUAUCAAAUUUGAAAUGGACUCAUGAUGGAGGAGCUCUUGCUAUGACAUGGGAAAAAGGUGGCUUUGCAAUUUGGAAUGUGUUUGGUGCCUUACUGAUGUGUAGUCUUGGUUGGGAUUAUGGGUAAUUGAUAUUUCGAACAUAAUAAUAAAUAAUUGCCUAAUACUUACUGUAAUUUAUGGUAUUAAUUAAUGUAAUUAAAAUUGGAGAUGAAGGAAAUUUUACUGUUGGAACAGUAAUCUCAGGGUAUAUAUCAGUAUUUUAGUCUGUGUAAAAUUACCUUAUACAUUGGUCUCAUUUUAAUCCUUAUAGUUAUCUCAAACUA